AUGCUGCCCCAGGACCCAAUAGAUGCUCAGGAGGUGUUUGACUACAUAAAAGAUAUAAGCGAUCCUGAACAUCCAUAUACUUUAGAGCAAUUAAAUGUUGUUCAGGAAGAACUAAUUUAUGUUGGUCUCGAUCCUUUGGACCCAUAUGUUGAUGUUCGUUUUACUCCAACAAUUCCACAUUGUUCCAUGGCUGCAUUAAUUGGUCUUGCAAUUCAUGCAAAACUUAAAAGAAUAACACCAGGUUCACAUAGCACAGAAGAUUCAAUUAAUCGACAACUUGCCGAUAAGGAGAGGGUUUCAGCCGCGAUGGAAAAUAUUGGACUCAUGCAAACGAUAAAUUCAUGUUUAAAACCAAGUGACAAAUAA